GGAGCUGAUAGGACGCGUACGAUUCGCGUUUGAGAUUUUGUUUCUCUACGUUGCGCGGGCUUUACGUUCAGUCCUACUUCUCGUUGUUGUGUGAUAGUACACCUUACCUAAGACUGAAAAAAGAGGUGGGGCUUGAAGUCAUGAGGGUGGCUCUUAUGAUGUGACAUAUCUGUCUGAACUGCGUGUUCUUUGCGGAGUUCUUUGGUUUCAGAUAAUUGUUGUCUAUAUAUCUGGGAAGCCCUGACCACUGACCAGGAUAAUUUGGAUGGAAUGUCUGUAGAUCGUUCAACCUUGAAUUCUGCUGUCAUUUCAUUUUUUUUUGGCUGAGCAAGAAUGAGUGAUGAGGAUGACGACUUCUUUGCUCUUACUCCCCUUCAGAGAUCCAGAUCUCAGUUGCCCAGUUCGUUUUGUGAAUCGAAGAGGGAGAAGAAGCCGAGCCGGUUGUCCCUUUCGCAGCAGACCUCUGCCAGCAAAAACAAAGGCAACAGCUUCAAGAGCACAAAGAGAGUGGUCAAGCCAGAUGCCAUGGCAGGAAAGCCUGGCUCAUCCAAAAGAAAGAGUGGGGAUGAGAAGAGUGGUGUAGGAGGCAGCCAGAUGGGCAAAAAAGUAAAGCAGGAGGAAGACCUGGUGUGCCCCUUAUGCCAGAUGCCCUGGUACAUCUACGACAGCAAGGACAAGUCCCGCAAAAUCCACAUAGAUGAAUGCCUUGACAAGGACUUGUCCAGUAGGCAAGAGUGUGAGAAGGGCAUAGUGUGCAGUGAAACCCAUGAGUUCCAUUAUUGGAAUUUCUGUCACAGGAGGCUUGCAGAAGAAAGAGCAGAACAAGAACGCGUUUGCAAUUCACUCUCCAGCAGCCAGCUGGAUAAAGAAACCAGGAACAAGAAUGGGGAAAAUGUCUUACCUAAUAGCAUUGUGUCACAAGAAGAUAUUUCAGAUGCAGACGGGCCUACCAGCAAUAAACAACAGGAAAACAGUAAUGUGUACUUGGUUUCAGAUGAUGAAAGUGAAACAAACAGCAAGGUCUCCUUAAAGAGCAUGAAACUCUUUAACUGUAGCCAAGACGGUUCCACAGAGGAUGACUCCCAUUCUUCAGACAAACAAGAAGAUGAAAGAUUCCCUGCACACAGUAGUGCAUGUAGGGAUGUUAAUCAGAACCAGUACAGUGAUGAAGACUUCUUUGAAAAUGGUUUAGACUUGAAUCCUGAGAAAGGGGUCAAUGAAUGGGAUAAAGAAACAAUUAUCUUUAGUAGAAAUAAUUCUCCAGAAAAGUGCCGCACUGUAAAGAGAACAAUUGUCAAUUUAGAAUUAGACAAAACUACACAUCAUAGCAUUCCGAGAAUUGAUGCAUUGGAAGCUACAUGUAGCACAACAAGCUCACUUUCUGAGUCAUUACUACAGCCUGUUUUAAAUACAGGUAAAGAUGGAGAAGAAAGUAUAGGGCACAGUUCAGAUAUGAAUGAAGAACUGGCUGCACCUGCAAUAUUAAAGCCCUCUGAAGAUUUGAGAGAAAAAGAUAUGAGACACUAUACAGAAGGCAAUGGUGAACCUCAAGAAGAACUGGCAAUACCAGGAACUUCAAAUAGAUCAGAAGAUCAGAAACUGCAAGAGAAAAGAUCUGAAACCUGCACAGAAAACAGUAAAGAUGCUGUGUCUGUUGAUGUGCUGCUCGACAGUGACAAGGAUGAAAUAUUCAGUAGUCUGGUUGAACAGGCCAUGGAAAAAUAUCUUGGUGAUUCAGGAAGAGGAGAAAAAACUCUAGAGAAAACACUUGAAAGUGUAUCUACAGCAGCUACUAAGAAGAAGAGUGUAAGAUGUAGAAAUGAAGGUUCAUGUAAACCUUGCUUACACCUACACUUUCACAUUCAAAACUCUCCUGAGAAGUCACCAAAAAAAGGUGGCCAGACCAGCAUCCUUAAUUUCUUCCAAAGCAAAGGGAUCAAGAAGAGCCCCGAGGCAGAGCCAGUGAAUAAAUGUUCCUCGUGUUGCAAAUGUGCAUGUAAAGAAAGUCCAGAGAAGCUCAGCGGCAAAGAAGCUACCAGCAGUUGGAAAGGUUUGAUGUCCAGAAUGCAGAAAAACAGUGAAAGGCCGCCCUCAUCAAAUUGUUCUUCUUCAUCACAGCAAGAGAGUAAGCCAGACCUGCAGCAAAGAAGAUGUCCCUUCUACAAAUAUAUUCCAGAUGCAGCUGUUGUUGUAGAUGCAUUUUGCUAUGGUAUCUUGAGUGGCGUGAAGGCGUACUUUCUCACACACUUCCACUAUGACCACUACAGAGGCCUCUCCAAGAAAUUCACCCAACCUAUAUACUGCAGUGAAAUAACAGGGAGACUAGUCAACUUACGACUGGGAGUUCCUCUGAAGUAUCUGCAUUUCCUUCCCAUGGAGGAACCCCAAAUUGUGUGUGGCCUGGAAGUCACUCUCCUUGAAGCCAACCACUGUCCAGGAGCUGUUAUGUUUCUGUUCAAACUGCGAACAGGAGCUACAGUCCUUCAUGUGGGAGAUUUUCGAGCUCAUCCAAAAAUGGAAUCGUACCCAGCAUUGUGGAACUGCUCCAUUGACACUCUGUUUCUAGAUACAACGUACUGCAAUGCUGUGUAUGACUUCCCAAGUCAAGAAGAUGUUAUAGAUAAGUGUGUAUCUGUUGCUACCAGUCACGUUGCCGACAACACAAAGACACUUAUCGUUGUUGGUUCAUACUCCAUAGGCAAAGAGAGAGUGUUCAAAGCCAUAGCCUCUGCUCUUGACUGCAAAAUAUGGGCCAGCAGUGACAAACAAAGGACUCUGCGGUGCAUUCAGGACAAUGAGAUCUGCUCAAGGCUGACUUCAGAGAAGCUGUGUGCCAGGGUCCACGUCCUGCCCAUGAGUGACCUACAGCCCAGAAAGCUGAUGGCAUAUGUGAAGGCCUUGAAGCCAAGGUACUCAGUGGUGGUGGCGAUUCGGCCAACUGGCUGGGAGCACUCCAGCGAGCAGGGGCAAGGCCUGGAAAAUCUUGCCUCGAAGCAGUGUGGCAACGUAUAUAUGUAUGGUAUACCCUACUCGGAACACUCCAGCUUUAAUGAACUGAAGCGAUUUGUGCAGUUCAUCCAUCCUAAAAAGAUCAUCCCAACGGUCAAUGUUGGCAAUCCGAAUACUCGACGGCAAAUGGAGAAGUAUUUUCAAGAGUGGCAAGCGAAGGCACGGCAGAAAGACAUUGGUUCCCUUCUCAGAAAACAACUGUGAUAGAUUUUGAUAGAAAGUUAAUCAAAAGCAGUAGUUUCUUUUUACUUCUUUCAUUGCCUUCUUCUUCUUCUUCUUUUUGUGUGUGUGUGUUUAUUUGUUUGUUUUCUUCUUGUAAACAGUUUUUAUAGACCAUUUUAUAAAUUUUUAGGGGCAAAUAUGUAAUAACAGACAAUUUAUGCAAAUGUAUAUAAAUUAUUUUUAAAUAAGAUUAAAUGUAAUUUUUUUUGUUUAUAUUUAUACUAUCAAGUUUCCAUGUUACAUUAAUUGAUUGUGACUAAAAGGUUCUGAAUGUAUUUUGACAUAAAACCAUGAAGGUAAACACAGUAGCUUUUGUAAAGGAACAAACAACAAAAGUCACCAUUCCUACAAGGCUCCUUUUCCAUGAUCACAACUAAGAUUA